GGUAGAACUGUAACAAAUGCCAAGAUUAAAAGAUAAGCAUUUGAAUGUAACAUGUUGCGCACAUAGAGUUCAUACCGGAAUGACCCCAGCGAUAAAUUGUAUUACUGCGCGCUGGAAUUAAUCACGGAUUAUAUACUAAGCAUGAAGGUGUAUAUCCUUGUAUUGACCCUCUGCUCUCUGCCUGCCUUAACAUCCACCGCUCAAACAACAUUAGACAACUUGUACAUCGGAGUGGGUUACAAUUUGGUCAAAGGAAAUCCUGACGGCGGAGAAUGGGCAAAGCUUGGACAAGACCCUGGCUUACUGCUUACAAGAAACAUUCUGGAGACUAAUAUCGACGGCAGUUCUUACGUCAAAAAGACUGCUUACCCACAAUGCACGCAAUUGUCAUCAACUUCUGUCUUUUACGAUCCAAAUUCGUACAAGGAAUAUUUACUUCAUUACGUGUCCCCGACAGAUAGUACGACACAUGCAGUGCAGAGCUAUGCCUUCUCAGCUAAUCCACUCUAUCAGGAUAUAAAGCAAAAGACUUUGACCCAACAUGACGUUUUUCGUGAUGAGAUCACAUCCUGUACCUCUGAGCAUGCGCGAUAUGUUCUUCCGGUUGCGCCAGUGGAGCGGAAUCUGGUUACACCUGAGUUUGCGCAUGCCGUUUGUCAACUGCCGCUGACGUUCGACCAAUCCUCCUACAAAACCUUCAUAGACACAUGGGGAACACAUAUCAUCACAGAGGUGGAUCUCGGUGCUAAAAACGUUACAAGAUACCGCCUCUCUAUUGCCGAUCUGUCCACGUACCUGCUGAAAUCUGGUAGGGACGGGGCCGCCCAGUUGAAGACGGAGGCCUUACUUGGAUACGGUUCCGUUGUACAGUUAAACAUGUCUCACCUUCACCACAGCGAUUUUCCCAAACUCCCCCAGGGCUCCCGCCUUUCCCAGUUCAGCAUUGGUGCUCCCUCACGAGCGCCGAUCUCUUUGUCCUUGAUUUCGAUUUCUGACGUUCUUGUGGAGGACUACUGGCAGAUGCAGGACUCGCUGACUGAUGGGGGGAGCUGCAGUGUGAUGAACCUGACGGUGUGGAGGGGUAACCUAGAGACAGCCCUGAGAGAGUACCCCACACUCGUGGGGGGUGAAAUUCCACCAACACUGGAUAUCAAGCUUCCGGUAACAUGGCCAUCCGGGACGUACGGACUUUAUAUGCCCACUUCCGGUUGUCCAACUGAUCCUACAAGCUUUGAAACCGGAUAUGUGACCCAGGAUACCGAGGACAGUAGCAACAGUAAUUCGUGGACUGCGGGAAUACACAUGUUAGGUCCACUAAACCAUGACUCCAUCACGACGCGUUUUUGUGUUAAGCAAACAUCGACCACCAACGAGUAUAGCAGACAGUGGCCAAAGGGAAACUACUGUAUCGCGAAGAAAGGAAACUGCCCCUCCGGCUUUACUGCGGGAUAUGUACACUGGGAUGACGAGGAUGGAAACAAUGAGAAUAGGCAUGGCGGAAUACUGCCGGACGGAGACCGCUCACGGAACACGGAGAUCUGGUACUGCUGCAGACAGGACGAACACAUUCAGACGAAAAUCAUGAUGCCGAUUGACAAGCCCUUCUACCUCCUCCGAUAUACCAGCGGCUGUCAACAGGUGCUUGGAAUGCAAGUGGCCGAAGAGGUCAUUUUCUAUGAUGACGAAGAUGGAGCAAACUCGGACAAAUGCGGAGGAGCCCAUCCAUUUUUGGAUUCAGGCUGUAACGAUGGAAAUGUCAGAAUCCAUUUCUGUUACUACAGCACAAAACCAAACCAAACUGCAAUACUGAUUCCCGGAAUACUUGGUUGAUUUUAUAAUAUCUUCUGACUUUAGAUUAUCGGAUGGUCGUUAAUUAUUAUGUUAUGAUAUGAUGCGUUUUAAAUAUUAAAAUCACGGCAAAUGUCA